AGCACGAGGAGGCUCGUGUGCCCGUUCCUGUCCGCCGCCGGUCGCGCCCCCGCCGAGCCAGCGUCGCCGCCAUGUCGUCGAUGAGCGAGAUGCUGGAGAAGCUCACCGUCCGCGAGAAGGAGAGGUUCGCCGCCGAGCAGGAGAACGCCGCGAUGUGUCGCGAGGCCGAGGCCAGGGUCACAGAGGCCUCCGAGUUCCUACAAGAGGUGGCCCGGGCGCAAGAUCAGGAGAUGAAGGUGCUGCGGGUCCAGCAGGACCAGCUGCUGCGGGAGGAGUCGUACCACGCCCAGCAGUCGGUGCAGCGGGCGAAGGACGCGACCGCCGCGGCGGAGUACAUCGCGGAGGCCGCGGAGAAGCGCCAGAAGGCUGCGGAGGCACUGGUGGCGAGCCUGCAGGUGAAGUUGCAGGACCUCGAGGUCCACUUUGACUCGCGCGUGCAGGGCGCCGACGACUCCAUCGCGGGACUCCAGAGGCUCAUGCAGCAGCGCCUGGAGCGGCUGACUGCCCAGGACGAGCGCCGCGUGGCGGCCAUGACCGACCACGCCCUGAGGGUGCACGCCACCUCGGGCGCGGCGGUGCUCGCCAAUGCCGCGGAGCUGGAGGACCAGGUCUACCGAGCAGAUGUUCGCUCCAGGACGGACCUCUUCGCCCAGCACCAGGCAAUCGCGGACAAAUUGGAAGAGCGAAUGGGCAUCGAGGACUGAACGGACACCGAGGCCUGAGCGACUUGCCUUGCACAUGUCUCGCGCAGUCGGCCUUCUCCUGUCAGGAGCGGGCAGCGCAACAGCUCGUGGCCCAAGGCCAGAGGCUGACGUCCUGACGGCUGCAGGCACACCAUGAGGUGGCCCCACGUACUGCGAGGGUGGGGAUAGAUGGUGAUGAGCCCAUUGCUACGCAGAAGGAAGCUGCGCCAGAAGCUGCC